GUGUCGUCAAUGGGAAGCGUGCGAGACAGUGGCAAAGCGAGUUACGGUCUAGAGUGAAAUCCGCAGGCUGCACCAUGCUCUCCAGGUCCAUCCCGUGCGUGUGGAUUACAGUUUGCCUUCAUCUAUGCUGUUACGUUUACAGCGGGGACGCACAGAACGCGAAAGAAGUGAUUCUGCUGGACUCCAAGGCACAGCAGACAGAACUGGAGUGGAUCUCCUAUCCUCCCAACGGGUGGGAAGAAAUCAGCGGCUUGGAUGAGAACUACACACCUAUUCGCACGUACCAGGUUUGCCAAGUCAUGGAGCCCAAUCAGAAUAACUGGCUUCGGACUAACUGGAUAGAGAAGGGCGAUGCUCAGAGAAUUUUUGUAGAACUGAAGUUCACCCUGAGGGAUUGUAACAGCUUACCCGGUGUGGUGGGCACUUGCAAGGAGACGUUCAACUUGUAUUACCAGGAAACGGAUUCAGAAGUGGGCAGGAGCUUACGGGAGAACCAGUACGUCAAAAUUGAUACGAUCGCUGCAGACGAAAGCUUCACACAGGGUGACCUGGGCGAGAGGAAGAUGAAGCUGAACACAGAGGUGCGCAUAAUCGGCCCCCUGUCCAGGCGGGGCUUCUACCUGGCCUUCCAGGAUGUAGGGGCGUGCAUCGCCCUGGUGUCUGUCAAAGUUUACUACAAGAAGUGUUGGUCUAUCAUCGAGAACCUGGCCACAUUCCCCGACACCGUGACGGGAUCAGAGUUUUCCUCACUGGUGGAGGUCGAGGGCAUGUGCGUGAGCGACGCCGAGGAGGAGGCCGACAACUCUCCCAAGAUGCACUGCAGCGCCGAGGGGGAAUGGCUGGUGCCCAUUGGGAAAUGUAUUUGCAAGGCUGGAUUUCAUCAGAAGGGAGAUGCGUGUGAACCAUGCGGUCGUGGUUUCUACAAGUCUUCCUCCCAGGACCUUCAGUGCUCUCGCUGUCCAGCGCACAGCUUCAACGACCGCGAGGGCUCCUGGCGCUGCGACUGCGAGGACGGUUACUACCGAGCACUCUCUGACCCUCCGUCUGUGGCCUGCACAAGACCUCCCUCGGCGCCACAGAACCUGGUCUACAACAUCAACCAGACCACUGUUAGCCUGGAGUGGAGCCCGCCGGCCGACACAGGCGGUCGCAAUGAUGUCAGCUACAGGGUAAUAUGCCGGCGAUGCAGCUGGGAACCCGAGGAGUGUGUUCCAUGCGGGCCGAAUGUGGGAUAUUCUCCUGCACAGUCAGGAUUAGUGGACACUUACGUGACCAUCAUGGACCUGCUUGCCCACGCCAACUACACUUUCGAGGUGGAGGCUGUCAAUGGGGUCUCGGACUUGAGCCGCACACAGAGGCUGUUUGCAGCAGUGAGCAUCGCUACUGGUCAAGCAGCUCCGUCCCAGGUCAGCGAGGUCAUCAAGGAGAAAGUGCAGCAGCGCAGCAUCCAGCUCUCCUGGCAGGAGCCGCAGCAGCCCAACGGCGUCAUCACGGAAUAUGAGAUCAAAUACUAUGAAAAGGAUCAGAAGGAUAAGAUUUACUCCACAGUGAGGUCCAAGUCCACGUCGGCCACCGUGAACAACCUGAAGCCCAGCACGGCCUAUGUGUUCCAGAUCCGGGCCUUCACUCAGGCGGGUUACGGGACCUUCGGCCCCAGACUGGAGAUAACCACCAAGGAGGAGGCCACAGCUGCGAUUGUCUCCAGCGAGCAGAACCCCGUCAUCAUCAUAGCAGUGGUGGCCGUGGCGGGAACCAUCAUCCUGGUGUUCAUGGUGUUCGGCUUCAUCAUCGGGAGAAGGCACUGCGGGUACAGCAAAGCGGAUCAGGAGGGAGAUGAAGAGCUCUACUUCCAUUCAGGGAAGAUGCAGGAUGUUAUGAAUUUGAUCUUUGCUCCAGCCACUGACCUGCAUUUUACUGAACAGGGUGGCAAAAUACCUGUGAGGUGGACCGCGCCCGAAGCCAUCCAGUAUCGUAAAUUCACCUCCGCAAGUGAUGUGUGGAGUUAUGGUAUUGUCAUGUGGGAGGUGAUGUCCUAUGGGGAACGGCCUUACUGGGACAUGUCCAAUCAAGAUGUCAUAAAAGCGAUAGAGGAGGGCUACCGUCUUCCAGCCCCCAUGGACUGUCCGCCAGGCCUGCAUCAGCUAAUGCUGGACUGCUGGCAGAAAGACAGAGCUGAACGGCCCAAGUUUGAUCAGAUAGUUGGCAUCCUCGAUAAGAUGAUCCGUAACCCUAACACCUUGAAAACCCCAGUGGGAACGUGUACAAGACCAAUUAGUCCGCUGUUAGAUCAGAGCACACCAGACUUCACCGCUUUCCGCUCGGUGGGAGAGUGGCUGGAAGCCAUCAAGAUGGAACGAUACAGAGACAACUUCACAGCGGCUGGCUACAGUUCCCUGGAAUCUGUGGCCAGGAUGUCAAUCGAGGACGUGAUGAGCUUGGGGAUCACGCUGGUGGGCCAUCAGAAAAAGAUCAUGAGCAGCAUACAGACUAUGAGGGCCCAGAUGCUCCAUCUCCACGGCACUGGCGUCCAGGUGUGACUGGGACCGGCCACCGCGGACAGGGGCGAUCACGAAAACAGAACGUACCCGGAGCAGCGCCUGGGACGUUUUACCGGGAUCUUCAAAGUAAACAGACAUCUGUUAUGUCUGACUCUUCCGGCUGUGUCCGGAGUGAAAUCAUUCCUUUGUUCCUCAGUGAAGGAUUGUGGUCCGCAUCUAAGGGCACUAAAGAGGAAAAGGGCAACGAAACACUAAACAAUAACAAAAAAAGAAACUACCUGGACGAGACUUUUCUUUGUUUUCUUUUUUUGUUGGUUUUCUAGGCGCUUAGAAACUCAACCACAUAUCAAAUGGCACAUCGGAAAGAAGUUUGACACUUAUGUUCAUUUAACUUAAUGAACGAUUGAAGUGCACGCCAUGGCCAUGGAUUUCCUUUAAUGAGAACAAAAAAAAAACAUCUCGCAAUGGUUUCACUUCUUUGUUUUUCUAUUCGUUCAUUUUCUUUGUAUCUGCCACAGUGACAUGUUGUUGCGCAUGCAGCAAUGCUUUCUGCUCUUCUAUCUGGACUUGACAACAGGGUAAACUCCUCUUUUAUCCAAAACGGAGGGAAAUCUCUCGGCACAGAUUCCAAGGUCCCCGUCUGUGCCGAGACACGCUGGGCUGUUUGAACUAUUUGCAGUGGUUGGUGUUUUCAUGCUAUCCUCACGUGCUUUUGCUGUUUGCGUCCGACAGGAGUUUUUGAUGUGGUUUCAACCUUUCGCAUUUUUGUAUUAAGGAAUUUUCCCAAGCGUGCAUCACUUGAGGAGACAGAAGAUGUGAACUCUUCUUUGAAUCACAAGACUUUUUUCUUUAUCCGAGUAGCAAUAUCCUUUGUCUUAGUGUUCACUACAGGAAACACGGAAACCAUUACUUGGUUAUUGAGUAGAAUGUUUUAGCACUGUUGGAAGAUUGUAUUGAAAUUGAAGCCAACCCAUAUAGUUUUGCCAUGAUUUUGCCCAAAAUGUUGCACACAGGAAUUUGUAAGGGUGGAUCCAAGAAAGGUGUAGACGUAAUACUGCCUUAAAAUACGUUACAUUCAUUUUGCCAAUAUUUUAGGCACUUCAAUGGCAAGGCUUUUUGUGGUUUAUUUUGAGGGUGGACAAGCUUCCUGUUGUUUUUUUUUUUUUUCUAUCUGGAACUUGGACACGGUUUAACGCCACAGGCACAGUCAGUGAGGAAGAGAUGAACUAAACAGAGCAAUAAUUACCAGGUAGAAGUGGUCCUCACCUGAGAUUUUUUUUUUCAAGGUGCUAGGUAUAAACACAUGUGAGUGCUGUGCUGAGACAAACCCUUUGGAAAGAUUCAGUCACCGCUGGAAAGGAAUGUACCUCCUUAACUUUAAAACGGUUUUGGAACGUGGUCAGACAAAAAAAAAACACAAAACUGCUGUGCCAAGUCAUCAAAUGAAAUAAUCAUGUCGUACUUUGCCACUAUGAUGCGCUGAAGGUUUGAUGAAAACCGAACAUGGCAGGGAAAUGUUUAACCGAGUGGCUGCAGAGAUGAAAGAGGCAACAUUCAAAACACAAGAAAGGUGCCAAUUAGCCUUGCUGAUAUUAUCUAACACCAACGAGCCGCCCAGAAAUCAAAGCGCCCCUUCAGGGUUUGGGUGUUAAAGUGCAGGAACGUGUGUCAAAACGCCGAUCGUGCCGUUUAAGUCCGCGGCCCUGCCUCUGUUGGCAGCCAGUGCAGCCACCUUUGUUUAUUCAUGCAUCUCCACCGCUCAUCCCUCACAGGCAUAAACGGAACAUGCAUUAAGGUGUCUCUUAGGAUUGGUCCUGUUUUCUUCCACACGCUGGUGUGUAUGGAGAAUACAGAUGAGGCGGCUCUGCAGAAGACGUCCUAAAAGCCAAUCAACCUAUUUGGUGCCAUCUGUCUCCACUUCACAUGCAAAAAAGGCAUGUUUCCAUGUUGUGUGUGUUUUAGUGCAGUUUGAGUAAGAAAAAACACUUCACAGUAAACAGACAAAAAAACAUUAGCAUUUUCUUUUAUUGCUACUGCAGCCUGAGAUAUGAAUCUAUAUUUUCACACAUGCAGCCAUUUUCUUAAAGUUUCUCAUUCAAUGCAUAAAAAAAAAACAUUCAUCUCAUUUUAAACAAAAAAAAUUCUUAGAACACCUUGCAAAGUGGGUAAAGCUGAACUAAUCUGAAUAAAAGAGCAAAUAUUGUCAUGACAAUAAAUGUGUUAGUUUAAUGUGUACUGCACAAAUGGGUAAUGCAAUCACGUGACGUUUUCUUGAUCUCUCAGCUUUUUACCUGUAAAAAUUUAAUUUUGGUGAACUUCGUCUAAAUUCUCUCUUGCUUGUGUCGUUAGAACAAAAUAUGGCUGCAGAGCUGAUGCAGUGUAGGUGCUGGCAGUGAACCACCACAGUAAUACACAGUGUUGUACAGGUUAUUAACUCUCUUUGACUUCAGUGCAGUAUUCCCCUGACUAUGUGUAGAUCUCAGUUAAUGUUUAGUGUCCAUGUGUAAACUGUGCUGUCCAGUGAUGUUGACUCUUGUCCUGUGACAGUAGGGUCACAGGUCGGAAUCCAGCUCUGCAGCUUUGGUAUGUGAGCACCUUCCUCUUGUCAUAUGAUGUGUACAUGUCAAUCACCGUGCCUGCAGUAUUCACUUAGGAACCAUAUUCAAAAGGAAACCAGCUAUUAGACCCCACCAAAAAAACCUUCAGCUGUUCGAUUGAUCAAGUGUUUUAGCAUGAAUGGCCACCACAAAGGACCUGAACACACUUGAACGCGCGUCCGUAAACUUCAAACUGUAUCGGCUUGUCAUGGACGCACGUUCAGAUCCAUUCCCACCGUGGGACCGAGCGGCUCCGAGCCCCCGUGUCACACACACAAACACACACACACCCUCACUCUAUCCAUACAGCAAAGCUCAGCAAUUGGGUCUUAGCCAAACCUUUGAAUUGAAUACUGGCGUAAAGUCAUUCAGUCAGCACAAAACUCCCCAGUUCACAGGCAGCACUCUGUCUCACCACCCCCCAUCCCGGCUCUGAUUUUCAAACCGGGCCCCUGGAGGCCGCUCACACCCUAAGGUAUAAUGCCUCUGAUCCUCUCCUUGCUCCCCCCCCCCUGUGCUGAGAGAAACAGCAGUUUGGGCCAAAUUGAGAUUAAAUUGAUUCAUCGUCCAAAUCACCUGUAACCUUCACCAGCGAAGUCACUUUACUGUCUGUUUUAGCCUGUUUCAUCCACAUUCUCCACUUGAGCUUACUCAGCUUUGGACAAAAAAAGGUUUUGCUGUGGCUGUAUUUCAGCAAAACACACACACACACACACACACACACACACAUAUAAUCACAUAAGAAGAUAAAACACAGGAACCUGCAGGAUGUAGGCCGUUGGUUGGAAUCAGGAAUCGCAGAUAGAGUAUGAAGUUAUUUUUCAAAUCUUGUGGUACAGCAGUUGGAAAUGAGUUUCACCGCUUCGGCGAGGUGGUGGAUAGUUCCAAAGAGUGCAGCACUGAUUGUGUGAGACAGAGUCGAGAUGUGAGGGAAUCUUUGUAUAUGUUCUAAUUGUAAAACUUGUACAUUUUAUUUAUAUUGUUUUUUUACACAUAUUACUCAGUAGAGAGCUCUGAAUACAUUGAAAAUGCACUAUAUUUUUAUAUCUUGCUGAUGAAUUAUUGUCACCCACAAGAUUUCAGUUGUACAUAAUUUCUCAUUUAGGACCAAAGACAGUUGAUAGGAUCUCCAUCUUUACUUUGACUUUGUCUUUAUUUUUGCCUUUUAGUUUGUUGUACAGUAAUACAAAUUGUCAAUGUAUUAUUUAUUUUUCUGUGAUGAAAGUAUUGAGAAUAUUCACUGGUCAAAAGUAUUUUCCCCGACGGAAGAGGAUCAUUUAAUUAGACAAUUUCUUGUUACAUAGACAAUUCUUUUUGCUUUGUAACCUUUGUAAUAGACUGUACAUAUAUUUUUGGAAAUAU